CAGGCCCGCGUGAUCCUGCAGAAGGCCACCAAGGUGAACUUCAAGCAGGUGGAGCACCUCGCCAGCGUGUGGUGCCAGUGCGGGGAGCUGGAGCUGCGGCACGAGAACUACGACGAGGCCCUGCGCCUGCUGCGGAAGGCCACGGCGCUGCCCGCCCGCCGGGCCGAGUUCUUCGACGGGUCGGAGCCGGUGCAGAACCGCGUGUACAAGUCGCUCAAGGUGUGGUCGAUGCUGGCCGACCUGGAGGAGAGCCUGGGCACCUUCCAGUCCACCAAGGCCGUGUACGACCGCAUCCUGGACCUGCGCAUCGCGACGCCGCAGAUCGUCAUCAACUACGCGGUCUUCCUGGAGGAGCACCGCUACUUCGAGGACAGCUUCAAGGCGUACGAGCGCGGCGUGGCGCUGUUCCGGUGGCCGCUGGUGGCCGACAUCUGGAGCACGUACCUCAGCAAGUUCAUCGCGCGCUACGGCGGCCGCAAGCUGGAGCGCGCGCGCGACCUCUUCGAGCAGGCGCUGGACGGCUGCCCGCCCGCACACGCCAAGACCCUGUACCUGCUGUACGCGCGCCUGGAGGAGGAGUGGGGCCUGGCUGGGUGUUGUAUGUUAUUGUAUGUUGUCGUAUGUUGUCGCAUGUUUUCACAUGUUGUCGCAUGUUGCCGCGUGUUUGGGGUCCCCGCAGCCCUGUACCUGCUGUACGCGCGGCUGGAGGAGGAGUGGGGCCUGGCUGGGUGUUGUAUGUUAUUGUAUGUUGUCGCAUGUUGUCGCAUGUUCCCGCGUGUUUGGGGUCCCCGCAGCCCUGUACCUGCUGUACGCGCGGCUGGAGGAGGAGUGGGGCCUGGCUGGGUGUUGUAUGUUAUUGUAUGUUGUCGCAUGUUGUCGCGUGUUGUCGCAUGUUGCCGCGUGUUUGGGGUCCCCGCAGCCCUGUACCUGCUGUACGCGCGCCUGGAGGAGGAGUGGGGCCUGGCUGGGUGUUGUAUGUUAUUGUAUGUUGUCGUAUGUUGUCGCAUGUUUUCACAUGUUGUCGCAUGUUGCCGCGUGUUUGGGGUCCCCGCAGCCCUGUACCUGCUGUACGCGCGCCUGGAGGAGGAGUGGGGCCUGGCUGGGUGUUGUAUGUUGUCGCAUGUUGUCGCAUGUUGUCGCGUGUUGUCGCAUGUUGCCGCGUGUUUGGGGUCCCCGCAGCCCUGUACCUGCUGUACGCGCGCCUGGAGGAGGAGUGGGGCCUGGCUGGGUGUUGUAUGUUAUUGUAUGUUGUCGUAUGUUGUCGCAUGUUUUCACAUGUUGUCGCAUGUUGCCGCGUGUUUGGGGUCCCCGCAGCCCUGUACCUGCUGUACGCGCGCCUGGAGGAGGAGUGGGGCCUGGCUGGGUGUUGUAUGUUGUCGCAUGUUGUCGCAUGUUGUCGCGUGUUGUCGCAUGUUGCCGCGUGUUUGGGGUCCCCGCAGCCCUGUACCUGCUGUACGCGCGCCUGGAGGAGGAGUGGGGCCUGGCUGGGUGUUGUAUGUUAUUGUAUGUUGUCGCAUGUUGUCGCAUGUUGUCGCGUGUUGCCGCGUGUUUGGGGUCCCCGCAGCCCUGUACCUGCUGUACGCGCGCCUGGAGGAGGAGUGGGGCCUGGCUGGGUGUUGUAUGUUAUUGUAUGUUGUCGCAUGUUGUCGCAUGUUGUCGCGUGUUGUCGCAUGUUGCCGCGUGUUUGGGGUCCCCGCAGCCCUGUACCUGCUGUACGCGCGCCUGGAGGAGGAGUGGGGCCUUGCUGGGUGUUGUAUGUUAUUGUAUGUUAUUGUAUGUUGUCGCAUGUUGUUGCAUGUUGCCGCGUGUUUGGGGUCCCCGCAGCCCUGUACCUGCUGUACGCGCGCCUGGAGGAGGAGUGGGGCCUGGCUGGGUGUUGUAUGUUAUUGUAUGUUAUUGUAUGUUGUCGCAUGUUGUUGCAUGUUGCCGCGUGUUUGGGGUCCCCGCAGCCCUGUACCUGCUCGCGCGACGCGGGCGGUGGAGCCGUCGCAGCAGCGCGACAUGUUCAACAUCUACAUCAAGCGCGCGGCCGAGAUCUACGGCGUCACGCACACGCGCCCCAUCUACCAGAAGGCCAUCGAGGUCCUCUCGGACGAGCACACGCUGCGCGCGAGAUGUGGUCUGCGCUUCGCCGACAUGGAGUGCAAACUCGGCGAGAAUCGACCCGCGGCCCCGCGCGGUCUACAGCUUCUGCUCGCAGAUCUGCGACCCCCCGGACGACGGGCGCCUUCUGGCAGACGUGGAAGGGACUUCGAGGUCCGGCACGGGAACGAGGACACGAUCCGCGAGAUGCUGCGCCUGCGCCGGAGCGGUCCAGGCCACCUACAACACCCAGGUCAACUUCCAUGGGCCUCGCAGAUGCUCAAGGUGUCGGGCAGCGCCACGGGCACCGGUCCCCGCCGUCCCCCCGCAGUGUCGGACCUGGCGCCGGGGCAGAGCGGCCUGGACGACAUGAAGCUGCUGGAGCAGCGCGCGGAGCAGCUGGCGGCCGAGGCCGAGCGCGACCAGCCGCCGCGGGCGCAGAGCAAGAUCCUCUUCGUGCGGAGCGACGCGUCCCGCGAGGAGCUGGCGGAGCUGGCGCAGCAGGCCAACCCCGAGGAGAUCGCGCUGGGCGAGGACGAGGGAGACGAGGAGAUGGACCUGGAGCCCAACGAGGUCCGGCUGGAGCAGCAGAGCGUCCCCGCCGCCGUGUUCGGGAGCCUCAAGGAGGACUGAGCACGUCCUC